AUGUUACCCCCUUGUGAUCCAGCAAUACUUGAGAACAAUCCUCAAUUCAAGAGACUAUACCGGAACUUGACAACAAAUUUGCUCCACCCUGAUGCUUCGACACGCGCCAACCAUGCGCAGCCUGCCAGAAAGGCCGUAUUGGAAUACCGCUGCACGAUUGCAAUUAUCAGCUUGUAUUUGGACUCAUCAUCCAAUCAGCUCGACCUAGAUGGUGACGAUGUCGAUGGAGCCGAUGCGCUAUCUCUCUUGGCCCCAGACAUUGACAAGUUCUACUCCAACCUUCCUGCGUUGAUUAGGCCCUUCUCGAAUGCUAUUUCCUCUUCUCUGAGCGCCCUUCGAUUGAUCGCUAAUGCGGGUGACGCCUCGAAUCCUCUGUCUGCGGAGUUAUCCCGACCCAGAACUAGGGCUCGUCAGUCAAUGAUGAGAGCACCUUCUCUCUCCCCGCAGCUUGAAGAUCGACUGCGUAAAUUACGCCAGAAACAGCUAUCUGAACUGCCGGCAGCCCGCACCCGGAUGGCAGCGACAGCGGGGGAAGUCCUGGCGACACGGGCUGCGGUACUGGAGCGUACGGUGGUGUUACUGGAACGCGCCAAACACGGGGCACUCGCCCGAGCCACCAAGGCAAAGGCGGAGCAUCUAGCUACCGUAGCACGGGGUAUGGAAGGGAAGUUGAGGAUGACAAAACUGGAUAUUUGUGCCACGAUACACACGCCCGAGACUCUUGCUGCCCUCAGCCGAUACCGCCAACACCUUCAAGACACCCGAGAGCGGCUGGUAGAGAGAAAGGUGUCCGCCCUGGAGGAACUAAAAGCAUAUGAGGUGGACGACUCGGGGGUGAACGAUAGAGCUGUCACCAGAGGACGGUUAGCAACAGGACCUAUUGGGGAAAUUACCCGACAAUACGGGGAUUUAAUCCGAGAAAUUGAAGAUGUGAGAAAUACACCCAAAAUGGCCGACGAAGCCCUUUCUAUCUACGACGAAAUCGAAAUCGAGGAUAUGACCUUCGACCCCGUCCUCCAAAUCUACCAUUACCCAUGCCCGUGUGGCGACCGAUUCGAGAUUGCGAUCGAUGAUCUUCGCGACGGAGAGGAAAUCGCCGUUUGCCCCAGCUGCAGCUUGAUGAUCCGGGUUAUUUUUGAUGUUGUACGUCUUCAUGUAUCUCUUUCUUAUUAUCAUGUAUACAUCGGGGUUCUUACUAACAUGAUCAAGGACGACCUCCCCAAGGACGAUCAACAGCAAGGCCCCGGCGCUGUUGCGGUUCAGGCUUAA